CUCCUCCUCCCAGGCUCCCCCCAGCCCCCCGCUCCCGCCGCCUCCCCGGGUCUGCCCCCAUCCCGCCCCCCUGCUGCCCCCGGCCCCUGCACCCCGGCGCGCCCGGUCCCGCUCUGGGGGGGUUGGUGGCUUCGCUUUGCCAUGAGUUUACCGCAGAAACCGGCUCUGAAAUCAGGCACAGCGACUGCAGCAGGAACCGGACCCGGCACCGGAGCGGCGGCGGCGGCGGCAGCAGCGGUACCGCCUCCUCACCCGGCGGCGGCGGCGGCGGCGGCGGCGGCGGCGGCGGCGGCGGCGGCAGCAGCGGCGGCGGCCCCCCCUCCUCACCCGAACAUCAGGGCCCUCCAGACCCAGGCGCCCCAACAAAUUCCUAGAGGACCUGUGCAACAGCCUCUUGAGGAUCGAAUCUUCACUCCCACUGUCUCAGCAGUCUACAGCACGGUAACACAAGUAGCAAGACAGCCGGGAACCCCUACCCCAUCCCCUUAUUCAGCACAUGAAAUAAACAAGGGACAUCCAAAUCUUGCGGCAACGCCCCCGGGACAUGCAUCGUCCCCUGGACUCUCUCAAACGCCUUAUCCCUCUGGACAGAAUGCAGGUCCAACCACGCUGGUAUACCCUCAAGCCCCUCAGACAAUGAAUUCACAACCUCAAACCCGUUCUCCGCCCAGCAGAACAGUGCCAAUACAUUGCACAGACAACUGGAAGAGGAGGAAGGUUUUGGAACAGACUCCCGUUUACAGGUCCUUGGCUGGAAGAGGCUGGAUAAAAUACUGCAUUUUUUUCCAGAGGCCUCAAAUACAGCCUCCUAGAGCUACCAUCCCGAACAGCAGUCCAUCCAUUCGUCCUGGUGCACAGACACCCACUGCAGUGUACCAGGCUAAUCAGCACAUCAUGAUGGUUAACCAUCUGCCCAUGCCGUACCCAGUGCCCCAGGGGCCUCAGUACUGUAUACCACAGUACCGUCAUAGUGGCCCUCCUUAUGUUGGGCCCCCACAACAAUAUCCAGUUCAACCACCGGGGCCAGGUCCUUUUUAUCCGGGACCAGGACCUGGGGACUUCCCCAAUGCUUAUGGAACGCCUUUUUACCCAAGUCAGCCAGUGUAUCAGUCCGCACCUAUCAUAGUGCCUACUCAGCAACAGCCGCCUCCAGCCAAGAGAGAGAAAAAAACUAUAAGAAUUCGGGAUCCAAACCAGGGAGGUAAAGACAUAACAGAGGAGAUUAUGUCUGGAGGUGGCAGCAGAAAUCCUACUCCACCCAUAGGAAGACCCACAUCCACACCUACUCCUCCUCAGCAGCUGCCCAGCCAGGUCCCUGAGCACAGCCCUGUGGUUUAUGGGACUGUGGAGAGCGCUCAUCUUGCUGCCAGCACCCCUGUCACUGCAGCUAGCGACCAGAAGCAAGAGGAGAAGCCAAAACCAGAUCCAGUGUUAAAGUCUCCUUCCCCAGUCCUUAGGCUGGUCCUCAGUGGAGAGAAGAAAGAACAAGAAGGCCAGACAUCUGAAACUACUGCAAUAGUAUCCAUAGCAGAGCUUCCUCUGCCUCCAUCACCUACCACUGUUUCUUCUAUUGCUCGAAGUACAGUUGCUUCCCCCACCUCUUCUGCUCUCAGUAGCCAACCAAUAUUCACCACUGCUAUAGAUGACAGAUGUGAACUCUCAUCCUCAAGAGAAGACACAGUUCCUGUACCCAGCCUCACAUCUUGCACAGAAACAUCAGACCCUUUACCAACAAAUGAAAAUGAUGGUGAUAUAUGCAAGAAACCCUGUAGUGUAGCACCUAAUGAUAUUCCACUGAUUUCUAGUACUACCCUAAUUAAUGAAAUAAAUGGAGUUAGUGAAAAAUUACCAGCCAUGGAGAGCACUGUGGAAAUAGUAAAACAGGAAGUAUUGCCAUUGACUCUUGAAUUGGAGAUUCUCGAAAAUCCCCCAGAAGAAAUGAAACUGGAGUGUAUCCCAACUCCCAUCACCCCUUCCACAGUUCCUUCCUUUCCUCCAACUCCUCCAACUCCUCCAGCUUCUCCUCCUCCCACUCCAGUCAUUGUUCCUGCUGCCGCCACUACUGUUAGUUCUCCGAGUGCUGCCAUCACAGUCCAGAGAGUCCUAGAGGAGGAGGAGAGUAUAAGAACUUGCCUUAGUGAAGAUGCAAAAGAGAUUCAAAACAAAAUAGAGGUAGAAGCAGAUGGGCAAACAGAAGAGAUUUUGGAUUCUCAAAACUUAAAUUCAAGAAGGAGCCCUGUCCCAGCUCAAAUAGCUAUAACUGUACCAAAGACAUGGAAGAAACCAAAAGAUCGGACCCGAACCACUGAAGAGAUGUUAGAGGCAGAAUUGGAGCCUAAAGCCGAAGAGGAACUUUCAGUUGACAAAGUACUUGAAUCUGAACAAGAUAAAAUGAGCCAGGGGUUUCCUCCUGAAAGAGACCCCUCUGACCUAAAAAAAGUGAAAGCUGUAGAAGAAAAUGGAGAAGAGGCUGAGCCAGUACGUAAUGGUGCUGAGAGUGUUUCUGAGGGUGAAGGAAUAGAUGCUAAUUCAGGCUCCACCGAUAGUUCUGGUGAUGGGGUCACAUUUCCAUUUAAACCAGAAUCCUGGAAGCCUACUGAUACUGAAGGUAAGAAGCAGUAUGACAGGGAGUUUCUGCUGGACUUCCAGUUCAUGCCAGCCUGUAUACAAAAACCAGAGGGCCUGCCUCCUAUCAGUGAUGUGGUUCUUGACAAGAUCAACCAACCCAAAUUGCCAAUGCGAACUCUGGAUCCUCGGAUUUUGCCUCGAGGACCAGACUUUACACCAGCCUUUGCUGAUUUUGGAAGGCAGACACCUGGUGGAAGAGGCGUGCCUAUUUGCAAAGUGCAGAGCAGGCAUGGAUUGCCAAUUCUGGAACAGAGCAAAGCCCCAACUUGCCCUCCAGUGGCGAGGUCACACCCACCCAUGAAGAGCCUGCCUCUAGGGUUGUUGAAUGUUGGACCACGAAGAUCUCAACCUGGCCAAAGAAGAGAACCCAGAAAGAUCAUCACAGUUUCUGUAAAAGAAGAUGUACACCUAAAAAAGGCAGAAAAUGCCUGGAAGCCCAGCCAAAAACGAGACAGCCAAGCCGAUGAUCCCGAAAACAUUAAAACCCAGGAGCUUUUUAGAAAAGUUCGAAGUAUCUUAAAUAAAUUGACACCACAGAUGUUCAAUCAACUGAUGAAGCAAGUGUCAGGACUUACUGUUGAUACAGAGGAGCGGCUGAAAGGAGUUAUUGACCUGGUCUUUGAGAAGGCUAUUGAUGAACCCAGUUUCUCUGUGGCUUACGCAAACAUGUGUCGAUGUUUAGUAACGCUGAAAGUACCCAUGGCAGACAAGCCUGGUAACACAGUGAAUUUCCGGAAGCUGCUACUGAACCGUUGCCAGAAGGAGUUUGAAAAAGAUAAAGCAGAUGAUGAUGUCUUUGAGAAGAAGCAGAAAGAACUUGAGGCUGCCAGUGCUCCAGAGGAGAGGACCAGGCUUCAUGAAGAACUGGAAGAAGCCAAGGACAAAGCCCGGCGGAGAUCCAUUGGCAACAUCAAGUUUAUUGGAGAACUCUUUAAACUCAAAAUGCUGACUGAAGCCAUCAUGCACGACUGUGUGGUGAAGCUGCUAAAGAACCAUGAUGAAGAAUCCCUGGAGUGCCUGUGUCGCCUGCUCACCACCAUUGGCAAAGACUUGGACUUUGAAAAAGCAAAGCCACGUAUGGACCAGUACUUUAAUCAGAUGGAGAAAAUUGUGAAAGAAAGAAAAACCUCAUCUAGGAUUCGGUUCAUGCUUCAAGAUGUAAUAGACCUAAGGCUGUGCAAUUGGGUAUCUCGAAGAGCAGAUCAAGGGCCUAAAACUAUCGAACAGAUUCACAAAGAAGCUAAAAUAGAAGAACAAGAAGAGCAAAGGAAGGUCCAGCAGCUCAUGACCAAAGAGAAGAGAAGACCAGGUGUCCAGAGAGUGGAUGAAGGUGGGUGGAACACUGUACAAGGGGCCAAGAACAGUCGGGUACUGGACCCCUCAAAAUUCCUAAAAAUCACUAAGCCUACAAUUGAUGAAAAAAUUCAGCUGGUACCUAAAGCACAGCUAGGCAGCUGGGGAAAAGGCAGCAGUGGUGGAGCAAAGGCAAGCGAGACUGAUGCCUUACGGUCAAGUGCUUCCAGUUUAAACAGAUUCUCUGCCCUGCAACCUCCAGCACCCUCAGGGUCCACGCCAUCCACGUCUGUAGAGUUUGAUUCCCGAAGGACCUUAACUAGUCGUGGAAGUAUGGGCAGGGAGAAGAAUGAUAAGCCCCUUCCAUCUGCAACAGCUCGGCCAAAUACUUUCAUGAGGGGUGGCAGCAGUAAAGACCUGCUAGACAAUCAGUCUCAAGAAGAGCAGCGGAGAGAGAUGCUGGAGACCGUGAAGCAGCUCACAGGGGCUGUGGAUGUGGAGAGGAACAGCACUGAGGCUGAGCGAAAUAAAACAAGGGAGUCAGCAAAACCAGAAAUUUCAGCAGUGUCAGCUCCUGACAAGGCUGCAUUAUCAGAAGAGGAAAUGGAGAGGAAGUCCAAAUCUAUCAUUGAUGAAUUUCUACACAUUAAUGAUUUUAAGGAAGCCGUGCAGUGUGUGGAAGAGCUGAAUGCCCAGGGCCUGCUACAUGUUUUUGUGAGAGUGGGAGUGGAGUCCACCCUGGAAAGGAGCCAGAUCACCAGGGAUCACAUGGGCCAACUACUCUAUCAGCUGGUACAAUCAGAAAAACUCAGCAAACAGGACUUUUUCAAAGGUUUUUCAGAAACUUUGGAACUGGCAGAUGACAUGGCCAUUGAUAUUCCCCAUAUUUGGUUGUACCUUGCUGAACUGGUGACCCCCAUGUUAAAAGAAGGCGGAAUCUCCAUGAGAGAACUUACCAUAGAAUUUAGCAAACCUUUACUUCCUGUUGGAAGAGCUGGGGUCUUGCUUUCUGAAAUAUUGCACCUACUAUGCAAACAAAUGAGCCAUAAGAAAGUGGGAGCCUUAUGGAGGGAGGCUGACCUCAGCUGGAAGGACUUUUUACCAGAAGGAGAAGAUGUACAUAAUUUUCUUUUGGAGCAGAAGUUGGACUUCAUAGAGUCUGACAGUCCCUGUUCCUCUGAAGCACUUUCAAAGAAAGAAUUGUCUGCCGAAGAGCUAUAUAAGCGACUCGAGAAACUCAUUAUUGAGGACAAAGCGAAUGAUGAACAGAUCUUUGAUUGGGUAGAGGCUAAUCUAGACGAAAGCCAGAUGAGUUCACCUACAUUCCUUAGAGCUUUAAUGACUGCUGUUUGUAAAGCAGCUAUUAUAGCCGACUCUUCUACCUUCAGAGUGGACACUGCUGUUAUCAAGCAGAGAGUGCCGAUCUUACUCAAGUACCUAGACUCAGAUACAGAGAAGGAACUGCAAGCACUUUAUGCACUACAAGCAUCGAUAGUAAAACUCGAUCAACCUGCCAAUUUGCUGCGGAUGUUUUUUGAUUGCCUGUAUGAUGAGGAGGUGAUCUCUGAGGAUGCCUUCUACAAAUGGGAGAGCAGCAAGGACCCUGCAGAGCAGAAUGGGAAGGGCGUGGCCCUGAAAUCUGUCACGGCAUUCUUCACAUGGCUGCGGGAAGCAGAAGAGGAGUCUGAGGAUAACUAAAACUUCAAAUAUACAAAACGAAACAAAAGAAACAAUUUAAGUAUUUUUUUAAAAAGUUUCACGUCUUCGCCAAUCACAGUGCAGCAAGGCCAAUUCUCGCAGAAACCCCCACGUGUGCACGAGUGGGAGGGGGAAAGAGAAAAAAAGGUGAUCAUGGAGGAAAAAGGUACUGGAAAAAAGUAAACUUCAAACCUUAGGGCGGGAGCACUAAAACCAAAAUACAUGUAUUAUUUAUAGAAAAUAUUUUCUGUUUUAAUCUUUUCUUUUUAAACAAGGACUAAAAAAAAAUGUUUAGCAAAAAAAAAAAAAGUUGAGAACUUUUAAUUUAUUUUAAGGACUGCAAAUGCCAGUGUAAUUUUUUAAUUUGCAGUUUCUGUAAACAACUUGUAUAAUAGAAAAGCAGAGAAAUAAAUUUCCCUCCCCUUCAAGAUGCACCUCAUGUUUGUUUUAAGGUAUAGCAUUUAGUCCAGAUUUGAGAAAGUUUGGGGUGAACAAGGUAAGAAAGAUUUUUUUUUUUUUUUGGCAUCAAAUCUUUCUGCCUGCCUCUCAGCUUGCUUCAGAAAAUUUAAAAAAUCACAAUAGUAAUCAAAACAUACAUAACAUUGAAACAGAAGGAAAUGCUGUGGACCACAGAACUCCAAGAAUUGUUUUAAAAAAAAAAGUGCUACCCUGAGAAAAGUACUCUUACUACUCUUGAAAUCUUUAGAGCAACUUUAAGGCUUGUAAAUACAUAGAACAAAUAUUUAAAAAAACAAAAAGAAAUUGACUCAAUACUAUUUCUUUUCACUUUGAAAAUAUAAAGAACAAAAUAAAGACAAACAUUGCAAGUUUAAAA